AUGUUGCUACGACUAGUAAAACACACUGAUGAUGCCGACUACGAUGCCGGUGAAACGUCUGGGAAUGUACCACGUCUACGGUCCGACUUUGGAAAUGAUUAUGCAUACAAUGGACUCAGGACA